GUUUACGAGCAUUUCUAGAAGGGAAUUGAUACAGACGCGGAAUCUCUCAGACGCGGAAUUUUUGCCAACUCUCAUUGGUUCAAUUUUAACUGAGAUCCACCUUAUCGGUACAGCUACUACUACCUUAUGCGUCGCGAGGCUAUUCGCGAAGUAGCUACUACGAUCCCUUCUAUUCUUAGGAAUCCAAAUAUCUCUACGUAUCAGAUAUUUAGAUUCCUAUGCCCUCUACCAUGUCCCAGCCCACAGCACAGCGUCGUGCACGAAGCCCCAGUAGCAGCAGUCAAUCGCGUCCCUCAAAGCGACAGCGUUGUCAUCGAUCCAACGAUUCCCCGCGACCCCCUUCAUCCUCAAGUGGCGGCACAAGCAUCGGCACAAGCAUCGGUAAAUACUACGGAAUUGGCGAUAAAGAGAGUCUCGAUAAUAUCUUCGCCUCGUUCCCGCAGACCUUUACAACAGUACCCGAGCCCCAUGGCUCCCGUGGGCGUUAUCAGCCGUUAUGGGAGCUGCGUAAUGAUCACGAAAUUUACCUCUCUAACGACCUCCUACCCAAUAAUCGGGAUCACCAACGAGUCCGUACGCCGAUCCCUGGCCCCGAGUCUCACAUACCUCCUCCGGGGAGCAGAAACAGGUCGACUUUAACAAGGCUCGCGCAGCAGGCUAGACAGGAAGCCAGCGACGAUCGAUCUUAUCGACAGACGCGAAGUCAGGUGGAUACAUUAGGUAUUGGAAGAACAACAGGAACGCGUGCACGUGGGCGGCCGAUGCAGCCUAGUAUUCGGAGGCGGAGGAGUCAGUGGGAGAUUUGUCUUAGUAGCGACGAGGAGAUCUUGUGACGGUGACGGCCGUGUGACGCCGGUGUCACAACAGACCCCACCGACAGAGGACCUGAGGCACGGGCCAUCUGAACGUGGGAUUGAAGAAUGUCAGAUGAGAGCCAGGUAGUUGUAGUUUCUCUUUCCUUCCUUGUCUAGAAUCGUGAAGUUAAUAUGGUACAUUAGAGUGUCUUGACUCUUCAAUUGUGCUUACCGUAACAGAUCUUACCAUAUCGCA